UGAUAAAAAUGUGUGGAUUGUUGACACUCGACGAACACUAACUUUGAAUGUGACCUACUUCAAUAUAAUUUUGUUACGAUCUCAUUUGAAAAUAUUGGAAUAGUAAUAGUUAUUUAGAAGAAAAAAAUGUUUACAAAUGAGGAAUAUUAAACAAAAAGAUUGAUAAUGCUCUCCAGUGAAGACGACAUCGAUUUGCGUAUUCGGCAGCGUAACCAUGGUAGCCGACGGCGAGAUGGAGCUGGACACGACGGAAGAGCAUUGUGUGCCCCAUGUUAUAUCGUCUGCUUUUUACUAUGCCUUACAAAGAUGAAAACGAGAACCAGAAUUACAUUGACAUGGUUUUACGUAAUAAUUUGCGCAUGCGUUUCUGGUGGUCUAGUUGCGAAGUAUCACUAUAGGAACGAACUGACCGCGUCUCCUGGAGACAUGAGAAAAAUCGACAUGGUCUCCGCAUCCUUUUGUGAAACAGUGACGGUUAAAUCUUCCGCGCCUGUAAAUAUAAUAAAAUUCUUUAAAACGCCUAAAAUAAAGAAGUUAUCCGAAGUAAAAUAUCAUAGAGUUUCAACUUCUUUGAAUAAUUUGGAUGAAUACCAGUACUGGGGUUUCUAUCUUUUAAAGGGGUCAACAAUGACUGCUCGUGUACAUGUAUGUGGUCGUGCAUAUCUUUAUAAAAUUGUUGGAAAGGAUAAACUAGACAAAUGGAUAGCCGGAUCUGAUAGGAAAAGUUAUGAUGGUUCCCGUGUUGUGAAUGAGUGUACGUCAGACAUGUAUAGUCCAACAGUUAUAGAAAUUACAGCAACUGAAUCAGCGCAAUAUUACUUGCUUUUCUAUAAUUCGUUACUAAGCAACGAGCAAUUAACUAAUAUCAACGUUGACUUUAUGUUACAAAGGAAGUACUACGGCAUUUUUCCAAAUGUGUCAACGAUAAAGUGUUUAGCUUCUAGGGAAUGCACAGUGUCUUUAGCCCCUGAAUCUAAGGAGACCAUUGUUUACUACGUGCCAGACAAUGAGGAGAUGGCCGAUAUAUCUGUUAUAAGCAUGUGCAAACCAAGAGUAUAUAUGUAUAUUCUAAUAUUCGGUGUGUUACCGUUUCUUAUUGGCUCUUUAUUCACGUGUGUUAUAUUGAAAUUUGCGCGUAAACGUAACAGAGAAAGGGAAAGACGGGAAUCAAGAAUAUUCACUGUUUCUGGUAAUGAAGACGGUAGUACUAAUGCAUUUACAAAUCCGAACUUCCACUUGCAAUUAAGCCCUCCAAGUUACGACGAAGUACAAGCAACAAGUUCUGCAGGCUUUUCCGAUGCGCCUCCCAGUUACGAUGAAGCUAUUCGACAUAGUAUUAAUAACAACUGUAACCAUGGUAACAACGACAAUAACAACAAAGACCAUGCUAGGUAGCACUAUUGAAACAAAGUUUGACCAGCUAAUCUAUUUCUGUGAUACCCAUUGAUCUUUAUAAUUCAUUAUAAUCAUUGUUUAUCGCUUUUGCGACUCCGUACAAAUGGUAUUGCACGGUCGUGCAUAUAUUUUGCGAAGAAUAUUCUGGAUACAGAAGGAUUAGAUUUCACAGAUCAUAACCGUAUAAAUGGAUUAGUGUUUUGUUUUCUAAAUAAAACACAGCUUAUUUUAUGUUUAUAACUGGUAGAUAUCAUCACUUGCUUAAAGAAUAAAAGAAAAAAAACCCUUCUCAAGUAGGCCUACAGUACACGUAAAACUUUAAAGAAAGGACAGUUUUAUGGAAGGGAUUAUCCGCCACUCUAAUUAAUAUGAAUACAUUGUAAUUAAUAUGAAGACAUUCUUAUUAUUUUGAAGACAUUCUUAUUGAUAGGAAGACAUUAUUAUUAUUAUGAAAACAUUAUUAUUAAUAUGAAGACAUUAUUAUUAAUACGUUGUAAUCAUUAUGCAAUAUUAAGAUGUUGUACUUGCUGACGUAACUCGAAUUCUUAUUGAAAUAUGCGAAUAUUCAAUUUACACUUCAGUUCUAAGGCUGUAAACAUGCAAACUAUAAUUAGAUAUUUAAUUUGCUGGCUUUCAAAUAUUGUUCCCUUAUUUGAAUUUGCUUUCUAAAAUUAAUUUGACACACAUUUUAUUCUUACAGUGUUUCAGUAUUUAUUUUACAAACAUCAUGGUAAUUUUAGUCCCAUGCUGACAUUGUGUAUCAUGUAUUCGAAACAGCAGUUUGCAUAGCACACUAAGAGUUUCGAAGUAUAAUUCAAAAUUAAUAAGGUUAUUUUAAAGCGCUAGAAUUGGCCCUUUUAAUCAACGGGGAAUAACUGGUAAAAAUGUUAAAAUAAUAACCGCUCCCUGACCGGUGUUCACAAAUCUGAUACUACGAAAACUAAUCCGAUCAUGUGGAGGUUAAUGACUACCAAAUAUUCCCCCAAUAUAUAACGUAUAGUAAAAAGGCCAAGUUUGAGGCAAAAUAUCUCAAAAUCCGCCGCAUACAGUAUGCCACAUGCAUACUUUUUCUGAAAGAUCUUCAAAAAUGAGUUGAUUUAAAAAAUAAAAAUGACAGUUGCUCAUUGUGCAAGAGAGAACAUGUUCGUUGUUGUUAUAUAUAGAGCUAGUAACAGCUUUUUUCAAGGCAGAGUAUCAAGAUGUUAGAUCGGAUCUUUUCCAUGAGGUGAUUUUUACGUCUGCACCGAAAGGGAUCAGUUAGUAUUAAACAGCGAAAACGCACUACAAAAAUUGGUUCCCCGCUUCGUUUUUUGAUAGGUAGAAGACCCCUAUUGAUGUUGGGGUCACAAGGUCAAGGUCACUAUUACCUUAAAACUGAAAAGAGUUUCCGGGGAAUAACUUAAGUUCCAUUUGGACCACAAUAUUCAUAUAGGAGGAUUGUUAUUUGAAGGAGGUACUACUUUAUUUAAUUCCAAAGUCUUACAAAUGCUUCAUCUUUACUAAAAAAAAUCACUUUCGGGUAUAUAAUGCUCCGCCUAGCGGUGCUCUUGUUGUUAUAUUAAAUACCAACCAUAUUUAAACGAUUAAUUGUAUUAGUUUUGACGAAGUAUAGAGAAUUAAAAGCACAUAUAUAUGUAUAAGUUAGAUAAAAAAUGCGUUUCUUGAUGUAUAUAUACGUACUUCAUUAUGACCACUAACAUUACACAUUUUGUGUAGGAUCUUUUAAUUUUACAUGCUUAUAAUUAUUUCCUAAAAGAAAUAAUUUUAUGUAUUUCAUUAUCACAUUGUCUUUGCAAAAUACAAUAUAAUCAAAAUUACACAAUAAAAAUUAAGACAAUUUUACAUGGAACAUCGCAUCACAUAUAAUAUCAAUGCUUC